UCUUGUUUCCCAACAGAAGUUUUAAAAUUUUCAAAUCGGAGAAGGGAUAAAUCGACGAUUUCUUCUCUCUCUCACACGUAGGAUAUACUUUUAACCUUAGUCGUCGUCGUCUUCGUCUCCGGCAGAGCAAUAAACUCCGAUCCGUUUGAAAGAUGGAGAAGUCAGUGGAUCUAGUUCCGGCGAUGGUUGUAUUUCUCGCCGCAGUUCACGUCAUCGCCUUGGUUUACUGGAUUUAUAGAUUGGCAUCAGAUCGUCCACCUCAGAGAAAAAAAUCUCAGUAGAAGGAAACUUCGAUUCUUCAUCGAUCGGUGUGUUUCGUUUUUUUUUUUUCCGAUCUGUUUUGAUGAGUAUUUAUGGAAUUUGAAACUGGUGUAAGGACCUUGAUUAGUUGAUUAUGCAUACACUUUUUUAGUGUUUGAUA